AUGUUGACGCUGCAGGGCNUCGGGGGCGGGGGCGGGGACUCGGUUAGGAGGCGAAUGGAGGCUCCUCUGGCUCAGCCGAGGCCCGACCGCGCAGCGCAAGGCUCACCCUGCCCAUCGGCCUGGAGAAGAGACCCGGAGAGCUGUCAGCGCCUUCCCCCCGCUGCUGGCUUUACAGGUUACCCUUUCCCAACUGCUCCUCCUGUGGAUCCAUUUGCCAAAAUCAAAGUGGAUGACUGUGGAAAGACUAAGGGCUGCUUUAGAUAUGGCAAACCCGGCUGUAAUGCAGAGACCUGCGACUACUUCCUUAGCUACCGGAUGAUAGGGGCUGAUGUGGAAUUUGAGCUGAGUGCAGACACGGAUGGCUGGGUAGCAGUUGGAUUCUCUUCAGACAAGAAAAUGGGUGGUGACGAUGUCAUGGCCUGUGUUCACGACGACAAUGGGAGGGUCCGCAUACAGCACUUCUAUAAUGUAGGCCAGUGGGCAAAGGAGAUUCAGAGAAACCCUGCCAGAGAUGAAGAAGGAGUUUUUGAGAACAAUCGGGUCACCUGCAGAUUUAAACGGCCUGUAAACGUUCCCAGAGAUGAAACGAUUGUUGAUCUGCAUUUGAGUUGGUAUUACCUGUUUGCUUGGGGUCCAGCCAUUCAGGGCUCUAUCACCCGACAUGAUAUAGACUCACCACCGACUUCAGAGCGCGUUGUCAGUAUUUACAAGUACGAGGACAUUUUUAUGCCAUCGGCUGCCUAUCAGACCUUCUCCUCUCCGUUCUGUCUACUUCUAAUUGUUGCCCUGACCUUCUACUUAUUGAUGGGAACCCCUUAACCACAGUGGCAGAGCCAACAGGGUCAGUGCAUUAGAAAGGCUUUAGUAUAUUUUUAAAAAAUAUUCAGUGUUAUUUUAGCUUCUAUUAUGUAAAAAAACAAAAACAAGCCACAGAUGAUUCAACUUUUUGGGAAAAAGAGCAAGCUUCUUUUCUAAUUGAAGAGUGUUGUUUAAUAAUGACCCACACUUUUAGAAAGUACUUGAAACUUUUCUAAGCACUCAUUUUCAAAUAUGUUUUCUUACUUGAGCUUUACAACAUGUCUGAGUUGGCUUGAUGAAAAUGAUUAUUGCUAUCAUCAUUACACUGAUUGGAAUUUGAGACCCAAGAAGACACUCUUUUUAUGAUUCUUGUGCCAUGUAGCCUUGGCUGCUCGCAGUCGGAUAACACAUAGCAAAGCAGAGAAAGCCAGGCUUAGAAACUGUGUCUCUAAACAACCUUCACUCUUCCAACUACAGUUCAAGAGAGUUAUUUGGAGUAAUACUAAAGAGAACUUCGCUGGAUGGCCCAAUUCACAGUCAGCCUUCUAGACAGAAGAACUUUCAAAUUUCCACGGAGCAUGAAGGUCUUUAGAUAUUUACACAGCUCAUGAGGAGAAUGAUGGAGGUAACAGUGAUAUGAAAAUGGUUCAGAUUUAUUUGAAAUAUCUUCUCAACUAGUAAGUAGCUAAGGGAACACAUUUUUUAUUGCUGCUUGGAAAGGUUAGAAACAAAACUGUGACUAUUCCUGAAGAUGUAAAAUUAUAUUAAUG